AUGAAUGCAGUACCAAUAGCCUUGAAUAAGGCAGCAAUGCGCAAGUAUGAAGACCUAGAGAUUCCUUGUGAAUCUAUACUGGCCAGCUAUGUGUGGAUAGACGGUACUGGCAUAAACCUGAGGUCUAAAGACAGAACCUUUGAUUUUGUUCCAAAAACACACAAAGAUCUGCCAAUAUGGUACUUUGAUGGAUACGGGACCAACCAAGCAACUAAUGUCAAUUCGGACACGUUUAUCUUUCCAGUAUCAAUCUACCACUGUCCAUUCAGACGUGGUAGCAAUAUACUCGUAUUGUCAGAUACGUACGGCUACAACUAUCAGCCUACAGCUACGAAUUUCCGCAAAGCCUGCGUGGCUUUAUGUGAAAAAGGUGAAGUUGAAGAGCCUUGGUUUGGCUUUAAUCAGGAGUUCUUUUUAACAACAACUGACUCUCGGCCCCUAGGCUGGCCGCCUGGAGGUUUCCCUGCCCCUCCUGGUCCCUAUUACUGCGCCACGGGAGCUAACAAAAUAGUCGCCAGAGAUCUAAUGGAGGCUUUUUACCGGUGCUGUCUAUAUGCUGGUGUAAAAUUAAAUGGCAUAUGUCCGGGGACUACACCAUCGCAGUGGAAUUUUCAGGUGGGGCCAAGUCCGGGUAUUAGGGCGGCAGAUGAUUUAUGGAUGGCUAGGUAUAUACUGGCACGGCUUGCUGAAGAGUAUGGCACUGUGGCCACUUUCGAGCCACAACCUAUCCCAGAUUGGCCUGGUAACGGCACUUUCUGCUACUUCUCCUCCAAGGAUAUGAGAGAACCAGAUGGGAUACUGGUGAUCGAGCGGGCCAUAGAUAAAUUAAGCAGGCGACAUGGUGCACAUAUGAACGAGUACGAUGCUAACAAUGGUGCUGACAAUGCACGCCGAUUGACUGGCAAGCAUGGAAUGCCAAACGUUAGAGAUUUCACGGCAGGUGUUGCAAAUCGAAGCUGCUCCGUAAGGAUACCUCGUCAAGUGUCCGAGGACAAGAAAGGUUACUUAGAAGACCGGCGUCCAGCUGCUAAUGCUGAUCCAUACCGAGUCAUAUCGAUUAUGCUUAGAACAUGCAUAUUUGAUGAGUAA